AUGCCUUCCACAGACUGUUGUCUGACAUUUUGCACUUGGACUGUAGAAAGCGGUUUCCAGAAGCUUCGAGAGCCCUGCCAAGAAAGCUUCGUAUGUUCUAACCGCUGCCUUCCCAAACCUGACUACGAUUUGGAUUGUGGCCUACACCCAACUCGUUCUCUCGCCGACUUCCCUCUCCUGUACCCAAUCUACAGUUCGCUAGCCAGUGCGGCUCAGUCCUACAAGCCGCGUCUGUUUCGACGGAACAUCGCAAGCCUGCUCACUUUGGCACAGCUUCGACUCUUAUAG